UACAGGUGCGACGUGCUCCGGAAAUAUUAUCGCGUCCCGAAGGAGAGGCUCGCCAGGAUCGCCGUCGACCUCGAGCCCGAGGAGUCCUCAGCGACGUUGAAGACAUGUCUGCCAUCGGAGACUUCAAUGCGCGGGCUAGACCAGGACAGGUCGCGGGCGGCAAGAUCUACGGCUGACUGCACUUGUCUCGUUUUUUAUUUACGACUUCAACGAACCUGUGAACAAGGAUACAAUUAAUCCCGAUACUUCGUUGUUUAAUGUGAUUUAACCGGAAUUAUGAUACGCCGAGGAAAUUGACAUUGAGCGCGCAACUAGAAUUUUAGAGUGAAAGGAGUUUCGCCGAAUUUGGGGAGCAGUACAAAUUUGAAUCCAGGAUUCGGCGGUAUUUUUGGAAAACCUGACUCUGGCGAAAAAGAGCGAGGGGAGUUUUUAUUUGAAGACACGGAUGUUGAGCGGAAGUUGAUAAUACUUUGGCAAUAUAUUGCUCGGGCGUAGAACCAUUCGGGAGAGUGAUUUGCAGCUGGAUCGUCCAUCGGUCUGGGAAAUAUCCAUCGUGUCUGGCGACGUCUGUGGGGAAGAAUAAUAAAAACAAGGGUUUUAAUUAAAGGAGUUAUCAUUAAUGACCAAAUCAGAUGGACAAUCGUUGGCUGAUGUAUCUGUGGGAGCCAUCUUUUUUUUCAAACAUCGUGACGCGAAGAAAAUCCCCCGUACUUGAAUUCCAGAGCUGAGUAUAAACAGUUCCGACGAGUCGUGUAAACCUAGAAAUCUGAACGCUGUUAAUAUUUUCAAAUUUAAAGCUCGAGGAAGAUAAAUGAAUCCAGAAGCAAUCACUACAGAUUCACAAUUGCAAAUUGGUGAUACAGUUAAAAAUAUAGGCUAAGGAAGUUCGCGUCUUCUCGCAGCUGUAGUUCUCUUCAAGUUUGUGCGGGCGAAGUGAGUCGAAGGAUUCGGACGCAGGAAUCCAGAAUAGAUGCAAAUGUUCGGGAGAGGUGCAUCGUACGGUGAUUUUCGAGGGCAGGGAUCGAGGAGUGGAAUUUUCGAGCUUCGAAAGUGCGCCGAUCGCGGAAUCGUGUCGACGUGCAUAAAACACGAGUAAAGUCAGGUGAAGUGGCACGAGGGCGAAGUGCGUACGCGCAUGGAAUGGCGAUGGAAUCCGUUCUACGGUGCUCGAAACUCGCCAUGAAAUUCUAAAAAGAACAGUUCCACUUCCGGAGAUCCUGAAAUUUGGGGUGCCCCUUUGACCGCUUCCUCUUCCUGGGGAAGCCAUCGAAUCGGAAGUUCCAGGCGUCCCGGUGAAGAGUUCUCCACGGGGAUAGUCUAUUGUAGUUCUGCCAAAGGAUGAACCAGGGCGCGAAUUAAAUCCAGAUCGACUACCGAGGCCUGUUGGGUGGAUUGUUAGAGUCUGGGGGAAGUUUACCAAGGAUAAACGUUGGUCGAUGCAGCGCGAUGUUGCCCGUGUGGAUCGUGUUAGCGACGACGGCGUGUCUCCUCAGAGGCUUUGAUGCCCAGUUCAGUGAUAACACCCCACCGGUGAUGUGGUUAGAACGAAAUUGGGUGCUUCCGGAAUCCGAACCGGUUGGUAGCAUCGUCACCAGAGUUAGAGCAGAAGACAACGAACAGGAUGAAUUGACUUAUGGAUUGGAGCCCUUGAUCCAUAGCUACAACGGAGCCAACAUCCCGCAGACGCAGCCGCCAUUGCCCUUCUACAUAGACAACAGGACGGGCACGGUUUUCCUUAACGAGUCCUUAAAAGGAAGGGGAGGGCAGAACCUGUUCCUCUACGUGACCGUCUCCGACGGUCAACUCACGGCGAAGAACGAGGUGUACGUCAACAUCAAGAACACCUCUCGUCCCAAUGGAGGCCACACCAGGUCGCCGUUUCCGAACCAGCAUGGGUCCGGAGGUCGCAUUCGUCCACCUCUUCUGGGUCUCCCGAAUCUGCAGAGUUAUCCACGUCCACCUGCUCCGGAACCGCCUCCGUCUUCCCCUUCUGACUCGAGACAGAAGACCACGAAGCUUCAACCUGAAAGAGACAAAGAGGGAGAUCUUAACUCGGCAACUUCUACGGAAGUAAACCCCGAGGAAACCGCGGAUAACGAAAUCGGGGGACCUCCACUCAGUUCCAAAGUGGCUCCUACGGCACCUCCGUCUCAGGAUGUCGCCAUGAUAUUGGUUCCUGUAGCUGCCGUGUGUGCUCUGGUCCUAGGCUCGGCCAUGGGUGUGUGGUCUCUCCGAAAUAAAUUCUGCGGACACCGGAAAACCAAGGAGCAUACGAAGGAGCAGGUUUCCGUAAGCGUUUCGAACUUGUCCGACGAUCCGUCUCUGGUGUUGAAAAGAAGCCGAAACCUGAAAGGUCAUGCCAACCGGUACAGCGGUUGGGAGAAGGAAAAUGAGGCCAGUGUCCAGAACAAGUCGAGCGAGGACAAGUGGGAGUACCCCAGACACAGACUCAAGGUCUUCAAUAUUCUGGGGGAGGGCUGCUUCGGCCAAGUAUGGAAGUGCGAAGCUAUGGACAUCGAUGGCCGACCAGGGCCAACCAUAGUGGCGAUCAAGACCUUGAAGGAAAACGCUACGGAGAGGGAGAGAGUCGACUUGGCUCAGGAACUUCGAGUACUGAAAACCUUGGAACCACAUCCUAACGUCGUCAGGUUGUUGGGCUGUUGCAGCGAACGCGAGCCCAUCUUCGUCAUUCUCGAGUACGUCAGCGGUGGAAAACUGCAGAGCUUCCUGAGAGCUUCCAGAGAAGAAAGGAACCGUGGUGGGCCUGGACUGAACUCUCGAACCCUGACCAGCUUUGUGUACCAGGUUGCUAAAGGCAUGGAGUUUCUCGCAUCGAAGGGCAUCAUCCACAGAGAUCUCGCAGCUCGGAAUAUUCUCAUAGACGAGAAUAGAGUGUGCAAAGUCGCAGACUUUGGCUUCGCCAGGGACGUGGCGGCCAAUCAGAUUUACGAAAGGAAAUCCGAAGGUCGUCUGCCGAUCAGGUGGAUGGCUCCGGAGAGCUUAUAUGACAAUAUUUUCUCCGUGAAGUCUGAUAUCUGGAGCUUCGGGAUUCUCACGUGGGAAAUUGUCACCCUUGGCUCGACGCCUUAUCCUGGCCUAGCUGCAGCCGAGGUGAUGAGAAGGAUCAAAGACGGCUAUCGGCUCGACAGGCCUGAGCAUUGUAAAAGGGAACUUUACAACAUCAUGUACUAUUGUUGGGACCAAGAUCCAGCAAGCAGACCUUCCUUUGCAGAAUUGGUCAGUCUGUCGGAGGCACUUCUUAUGGACGAGACUGAUUACAUCGAACUGGACAGGUUUCCAGAUCACUCGUACUACAACGUCCUCAACCUCAGCGGUGAAAAGUUGUGAAAUUCGUUGAGAGACUCUCGGAAUAGGACAGUACCUGAAACUGAGCGAUCUACAUCUACUGCUAUCGCCGUGGCCGGAUUUUGAAAAGUUCCCUGAACAAGUUUUGUUAUUCCUACUUUAACUCUGGAAUUUUCCAUAUUCCCAUAUGCAGUUCCAUGCUGCAAACGGUAGCGCGAAUUUUGAGGCAUAUUAAACCUUGGAAUAUCAUAUGUUUAGACUGAACCAACAAAAAGGAGCAAAAUUUGUUUAAGGAACUCUCUACGUUCGGUCCAUCUUUUAUCGUCAUUGUUGCAUUGAGAUUGUCAGAGAUAGAGAAUAAGAGAGAUCAAAUUCACUUGCUGGUUGCAGGCAAUUUGAAUCGAUAAUGUAAUCCCAAUGUAAUCCCUUAUGUACAUAAAACAUGCACGUGUAUGGAGAGAAGACGGGUGAAAGACUUUUGUACAUUUCGCAUUUGAGGAAGCUUCCAAUUCACGUUCGUGUAAUUUUGCGGUGAUACUUUUCAGGAUUAAUAUUAAUCGUAAUCUCUGUCCGUGGAUCGGUAUGAUCCUUUUCAUCGAAACCGUCCAGUAUGAUCGAUACCUUCACGACAGGUCACGUCUUCGCGUUGACUUUGUCACGUGAGAAAUGAUAAGUUUGCGGACUAGUCAAAGACUUUCGAAGUAACCUUCAUAAGCGCAGUAACAUGAUGAGAAUAUUUAACGAGCAUGUUUUCCAGAUGACAAAGUAUCGAUGCGUCGCUUUAGAACUGGAUCGAGAUCUUAAGCUAAAAAAUUCGUACCUCCAUUAAAAUCGGGGUAAGCUAUGAACAAAGACAAUUAUAAUCUCCUAGACUUACUCACGCUCCACAUGAGAUGUAUAUAUUGUAUUAUGUCAGUUUCGAUAUUAAGUUAUUAUGUAAUUAUGAUUGCUGCAAUAAAUAGCGUUACGUUCUA